ACAAAAAAAAAUGUUAAGUAAGUCUUUAACCUCUUUGACUUUGUUACACUUCGAUUAUCGAUCUCAAGGAAGGUUAAACAUAACGAGAGAAAAAUAAGAGUUCGAUGAAUGAAAAAUAAUCAAUGAACGGAUUAUCGAUCAAACAGAUUUUGAAAUGUACUCUCUCACUUGACGAGGGUUUGGCUAGAGCGUGGACGCUGAGCGACACGUCAACUCUGGAACAAUGCUGGACCAGGCUGGAGAUUACAGGAAACUGCAUCUAAGGUUGGACGGCCACAAAUGGUCGUUAUGUCCUUGUCCAGAGCUGACCGCAUACUGGACGCCCCCGCCGUCCUGGCCAAGAAGAAUUCUCUGUGAAAGUAAAUAUUUUUCCGGCAGCUUGACCAAAAACUGCUGGAUCAUCCUAGUGACGCUACUUCUGACCUACUUUUUCAUCAUGGACGUGUUUCUCUUUGACCGGUUUAGAACUGCCGAUCUCGUGAAAGAUUCUCGCGCGGGUUCCCCGGACGAGAUCUACACACCCUUCACGCACCUGUCCAUCAAAGGUCUACUCAACGACCACCCCAGUCAAUUCAUCAUAGCGCCCAGCACCGAAUACUUCGAACUUCUCACACACUUCAGCUCCGUCUUCUACUUCAUCUCUCCCAACAUGAUCUCCGCAGCGCACCUCAUUUGCGGGUUCCUAUCCGGUAAACUCAUGUCAUCGGACCAUCUCUACGACCGACGUAUCGGGGUGGUGCUCUUCGAGUUCAGGACCUGGCUUGACGCCUUUGACGGCACGGUCCACCGGGCUCAAGCCGGGCUUCACCUCCAGUACCACUCCAACCACUCCACUUCCGGGUACAUCAUCGACUCGACUUUCGACACCCUCGGCGGAUGUUUCCUUUCGUUCGGGAUUUUCUUUUAUUUAUUGAAACGCUUCCGAUCCCCGAAAUCGCCGCCACCAGCAUGGCCUAAGCAAGAGAACAGCAUAGAGGUGGGCGUGGAGGAACCUGUACGAACAUGCAGUGAUGGCUACAGUGUGAAGUACUUAUUCUGGAAGGCUUUUAGUUUUGGUUUGUGUUUGGGUGUAGCCGCGAAAGGCUGGGACCAGGCGGUCGAGGAUUUCAGUCAAGUUUUUCAAGUGCAGUUGGAGAAUCCCACCAAGUCGCUUCUCCAGUUCAACCUCUGCCACUCGUAUUCAUCUAUAAUCCUCUUCUAUUUAUGGAGGCUAUUUGGCGGACAGUCAAUUCUUAACUACAUACUUAUUGCUAUUUAUAUGGACAAAACAUGGGAGUUUCUCCGGUACACCCAAUGGAUUCUACUGGGGGUGGCCAGUGUCUUGUUCGCUGUCACAACUUUAUACAUACACCAUGUGAAAGGGUUACUACUAUUAUAAAUAGGCCUACACAAAUAUGUCUGAAUAUAUGUGUUUUCUAU